CAGCCUAUUUUCCCAUUCUUCUUAAAAUGCACUUAAAAAACUGAAACUUUGAACUUUCAGUUUUCGAAAGUCUUUCCCUUUGCCUCUCUGAUUUUUCCCUCGCCAAAUGAAGCUGACGGAUAGAACCGCCGCCAUCUCUUCCACCGUUAAGUUUGAAUUCUUUAAAUGACGAAACAAACUUUCCUUUUCCUUGUCGCCGUUAGUUUCCUUAACGUUUUCUCGUUCCCGUCGUUAACUAAUGCAUUGGGUUCCGGCUCUACACUCGCCGUCGUAUACGGCACCGCCACCGUUUGUGCCAUCGUAGCCGCGGAGCCGAAUCAGCGUAUUAUCUGCUACCGUGCCGGUGGUGGUUUCUCCUCCUCCCCUGCUGUCAUCUCAAUCUCCCCUAACGUCUCUUACUCAGCCGUCGCCGGUGGGCGAACUAACUUUUGCGCAAUCCGGUCCGGCGGUUACAGCCUUCUCUGUUGGGAUACGACCAUCCGGUCUUUACCCAGUAAACGCCUUUACAAUAACGACACCGUACUCCUUCAAUCCCUCUCCGUCGGCGACGAACGGAUUUGCGCUACAGCGAUGAACAAUACACCGCCGGUAACCUGUUGGAGAACGGAGAACAAUACUGAAGAGUUACCCAAUAGUAAUCUCACAAUGGGUAAAGUCACAUCCGGAUUCGGGUUUUCAUGUGGGAUCGUACUGAGUCAAAACAGACAAGUAACCUGUUGGGGAAGUAACUCAGUGGCGGCAGCCAGAGUUAAUCAAUUCGGGAACAUGUCAAUGGAGAACAUCGAAGCUGGGGCAAACCAUGUUUGUGGGGUUAACUCAGAAGGUGAGUUGGUUUGCAGAGGAGAUAACUCAACGGGUCAACUCGAUGUUCCUUCAAACAAAGGGUUGAACUUUGCUUCAGGGUUAGCUCUGGGUGAUGGGUUUAGCUGUGGGAUUCGGAGAUCAAAUGGGACAGUUGUUUGUUGGGGUUCUAUGAAUGAAACUGCCAUUGAAGGGAUUCAAUUUGAAUCCAUUGUUGCUGGUGUGAAUUUCACUUGUGGGUUAACAACAAGGAAUUUUUCAAUAAUUUGUUGGGGGCCUGGUUGGCCUGAGUUGAAUCAGUCGAGUUCAAAUUCCUCCAUUAAUGAGUUACCUUUGGGAGCUGAGAUUUUACCAGGUCCUUGCACUGAUUCUUCUUGUAAUGAGUGUGGGUCAUAUCCUCUAUCAAAUAGGCUUUGUUUUGGUUCUCGUAACAUUUGUAGACCAUCACCCUGUUUUAACUUCACCAACCCGUCACCGUCGCCUUCAUCUCCACCGCCGCCGGAGGUUUCACGGCGGUCGACGACGUCUAGAGGGUUGAGGAGAGGGUUAUUGGCUUUUGCAAUAGUUGGAUCAAUUGGAGGUUUUAUGGGGAUUUGUACUAUUGCUUAUUGUUUAUGGACUGGUGUUUGUUUUGGGAAAAAGAAGGUACAUAAUUCGGUCCAGCCAACAAUUACUCGAGCCGGUUCGAACAGCGGUCCGGGUUCGAACAGCGGUCCGCCGUCAAGGUCAUUGACGAUCAGACGACAAGGUUCGAGAUCGAUGAAGCGACAGAGAAGCGGGACAUCAUCAUCAAAACAUGCUGACAGAGCUGAGGAAUUCAGCUUAGUCGAGCUCGCGGCAGCUACCAAUAAUUUUGCCCUUGAAAACAAGAUCGGAGCCGGCAGCUUCGGCAUCGUUUACCGAGGGAAAUUGUUCGACAGUCGUGAAGUGGCGAUCAAACGAGGCGAAACGGGUCAAAAGACAAAGAAAUUCCAAGAGAAAGAGACCGCAUUCGAAUCGGAGUUAGCAUUUUUAUCCCGGCUCCAUCACAAGCAUUUGGUUAGGCUUGUAGGGUAUUGCCAAGAGAGGGACGAAAGGCUUUUAGUUUACGAAUACAUGAAGAACGGCGCACUUUAUAACCAUUUACACGAUAAAGACAACGUCGAAAAAUCGAGUAGUUUGUUGAAUUCAUGGAAAAUGCGGAUCAAAAUCGCGUUAGAUGCGGCUCGAGGGAUCGAAUACCUUCACUAUUACGCGGUUCCGACAAUAAUCCAUAGAGAUAUCAAGUCUUCCAACAUAUUGCUUGAUGAGCAUUGGACCGCAAGGGUUUCGGAUUUCGGACUUUCAUUAAUGGGACCGGAAUCCAAUAAAGAUUACCGGCCGAUGAAAGCAGUGGGAACAGUGGGUUACAUCGACCCGGAGUACUACGGCCUAAAUGUACUAACAACAAAAAGCGACGUUUACGGGCUUGGAGUAGUAAUGUUAGAGCUUCUAACAGGUAAAAGAGCUAUAUUCAAGAAUGAUGAAAAUGAAGGGACACCAAUAAGCUUAGUCGAUUUCGCGGUGCCGGCGAUUAUGGCGGGCGAAUUGGGUAAGGUUUUGGAUGUUAGAGUCGGACCGCCAGAGAUAAACGAAAGCGAAGCAGUGGAGCUAAUGGCGUAUACUGCAAUGCAUUGUGUGAAUUUAGAAGGGAAAGAGAGACCAACAAUUGGUGACAUUGUUUCUAAUUUGGAAAGGGCAGUGACUGUCUGUAAUGGUAGUCACUAUGAUAGCAUCUCUAGUAGUGGAUUCUCCAUUGUUUCAGAGUGAAAAUUUUUCAAAAAAAAAAAAACACCCAAAGAAAAAAAAGUAAUUUUUUAUUAUAUUUUAAAGAUUUUAUAUUAUCUAACAUUGAGUUGAAGUGAACACUUUUGACAGCAAUGGGAAAUUGAUUGCCUCACAA